ACUCGACCGCCCAUCAAAAUGGCAGCACCGGCCACCCCGCGCGCGCUGUACCGGUCAUAUCUGUACCACCUGCGCUGGAUACCGGACCCACACAUCUGGGCGCAGCUCGCCCCGCAUUUCAAGGACAACCUCCGCGCAGCAGACGCCGCGGAGACGAUCGUCAAGAAGGCGGACGAGAACGGCGCCGAGUCGUCCAGCUCCGCGGCGGCUCGCAAGCGUCUCCAGCACCUCCAGCAGCGCGUCAAGAAGGACCACGCUGCGCUGCGUGCAGCUGUCGCGUACCAUCCCAAGGCGCUCGAGCGGCUCCUGCAGAAGUGCUAUGGGCAGAGGGGUCGCCUGAGGUGGGAGCUCAUCAAGAACGUCGUCCUCACCUCGCCCCUCGAGCCCGCCGACUGGCCAGAAUACAUACAGAACGACAACAAGUACACGCUCGAGCGACGGUUCCCACCAACAACCCACCAGCCAUUGCCAGCAGCGCUAAAGCCACUGACCUAUGUUCCACCAAUACGAGAGGACGUCGACCGCGCCCGUAUCGCCGUGCCCGCGACGACCACCCGUCGCGAGCGACUACGGCAGUGGGAAGAGGCCUGGAAGCGUGCACGGGUGCCACUGGUGCUCCCGCCCAACGAGCUGGGCAUCGGCACGGGGUGGGAGUCCCUCGGCGUUGUCGAGUCGCUGCGUCGCCUCGCAGGUCUCGAAGACCCGCCGCGUGCCCCCCCGCCGCCAAGGCUCGCCGACGCCGGCUCGAACUACCCUCAAACUCCACCGCUGGCGCCGAGGACGCUCCCAUCGUUCGCAGCGCUCCCGCGCUCGCUGAAGGCUGCCUUCCCCCGACAGCCGGUCAAAGGCCGAGUGCGCGACCCGUACCCCCGCCCGCCGCGGUCUCACACACGCGACCAGCCGAAGAAGUGGUCGGACCCGAUGCCGCUCACCGCACGGGUCCUGCGCCGCUUGUAUGCCCGGCUCUGGAACGACCUGGUAUGGGUCCGCACUCCUACGGCGGACCAGGGCUGGAAGGCGUCGUCUUACGAGCUUGCAUUUGGCGCGCUCAAGAUCCACAAGGCGCCGCGCAAGUUUGGUCGCGCGUCGAGCGAUGACAUGGAGUGGAUCUAGUGAGGCGUGUCGGCGGUAAACAGUCAGGAGGAGGCGGAGGCGGCUAUGAGGACAGCGUUAGUCACCGAGACACCCUUGGCAUUGAUGGUAUUUUCAUCAUCUGCAUCAGCAUCGGGUCUUGAACGUGCGCAGAUGCUGAUGCCUGAGCGCCUGAGUGAUGGGCCAGUGGCGGCCGCCACACCACAUGGCAGUGAGUGCCUAGCGCGAGUGUCUCAAAUGCCUCUUGACUUGUCGAGAAUGCCGCUGCGGCUCGAGACAAUAAAGGUCGCCGCGUCGUCGCCGCUUGGUGGUUACUAAGGGUCGG